CGCCUGCACUUCUCUCCCUCACCACCAAAAGGGGAAUGGGCUGAGGCAGCUGUCACUUAACAUGUGAAUGUUUUGAGGGCGGCCCGGGGGCCUUUAGAAAACUCUUCUUUUUUUUUUCUCCCCCCCACCCACUCAAGUCGCGGCAGCAUGGAGUUUUUAAGCUGCUUUCAGAUCCGCAGGACAGCCUUAUCGGGUGAAAAGAGGGAGGGUAUGAGGGGAAAACCAAGAGAGAGGUAAAAGGGUCACUUUGCCAUCCAGCUGCCUGGUACGGGAUCAACCUGAGCAGCAUCAGACUUGGUGAGAACGACAUCGUCUUGUGAAAUGGAUCUGUUCGGGUCUGACCUCCAUGUAUAAGCUGCACUUGGCAGUGAACUGUGGGAGUUCAAUUGAGUCGUUGGAAUACAUUGUCUGCAUCUCGGCGCACUAUCCCAUCAGCGGCGUUAACAAGGAAGGAAUUCCUCUAUCACAGCUCUUACAACAAAGAAGAAAGGGAGAGGAGCAGAGAGCCGGUGGGAGGAGAAGUAAGCUGAGGGGAGGGGUGCACUGUGAGGGGAAAGGAGGAGGACAUUGUUUCCCUGUGACUGUGGGCAACGGAAAAGCAUGAGUUAUCAGGACAUGUGCAUGGUUGUGUUUAGAAAGUGUGUUUGUAGGUGAGCAUGUAUAAAUGAGUGGAAUUUAUUGAUUGUGUAUUCAGGAGAGCAUGCAUGUGUAUGGGUGCACAGCCUUCAGUUUGGGAUGUUGGAACUGGGAGGCCACUCAAAGGAUGCUCAGACAAAGCUUUUUUUCUUUCCUGUUUGAAUGCUGAAAUGGGACUGGCUGGAUUCCUUUACUCAUGUUGUUGGUCCCUGGUAUAGGAUGUUGAGGCUUUGUCUGGGACCACUCUCUGAUCAGACUCAGUACUCCCCUGUGGAUUAUCUGACAGCAUCAGCUGCCUGGUGAGACAUACAGUACAUGAGAUGCAAUUACUAAUGGACACGAAGGCAUCAUACUUCGACUCUCAUUUAGUUAAAAGCCAUGUCCUCUAGAAUGUGUCUAGUUUAACAUUUGUGUGAGAAAAAUGAAAUUCAAGUUCAAUGUCAUAAUAAAUUUUUUGUUGUUUUCCAUGGCCACAGACUAUUUGGAUCACAAAAGGUAUUAAAAGCACACAUGAACUAUAGGCGGUCAAACAGUUAAUUCCCAUUUCUGUUUCAUGAGCCAACCCUCUAUUUGUCUGUUGAUGCAACACAGUUGCGGACCCUCUUCGGUCAUCAAGUUAAGGUGACCUUGAGAGGUCUGAAUUGGGACAGCACCGAAGGUAGCACGCCGUGAAACUUGCAGGGACAUUUGCUGUGAUAGUCUGUUGAGCACAUCUUAGCUUCUUUAGUCCUAGAUCACUGUACAAAACAAUUAAGGCAGACAACAGAAGUGUUUCUUCCAGUCCGCUUGUGAUUAAAGGACAUACAAAUCUGUGUCCAAAAUAUAUGUUGAUACUGUUAACACUAGUUUGACAACAAGUUUAAUAGAAGUGGGUCACUUGGACUUGGCUGAGUGAAUGGGAUUGGCUCAUUGCCACUGGUUCAUCAUGCCGACAGUGGGAUCCUUGACAUGCCUGUCACAUUGAUUUGUAAGACCAGAAUAUUUUAGCUGCGAGUUACAGCAUGUGUGUAUGUGGGCUAAAUGAAAACAAAAGCACAGCAAACAUCAGAGCCAAGUGUCACGCUAGGGUUCCUUCUGGCCAAGAAAGGAGUAAUACAGAGAGCUGGUUUCAUUUUAGCUGUGGCAUGUAGUGCUGUGAAAAAACAGUGUAUUUUUGCAUGAUGAUUCAUUUGUCUUAUUUUAGGUAGCUAAAGGAGAAUCUACAUGCAUGGCCGAGGGCUCUUACCUCAAUUAUUGCCUCAUUAGCCUCUGGGCUGAAGGAUUAUGGGUAACCUCAUAAGCCGGCCCAGCUGCCUGGGCCAAAGGUCCAAGCAUGUGCGAUCAGAUGAGGACUACCUGAAAGAGUGCUACCAACGACGAAAAGAGUGUCAGCCUCCUCACCAUGGGCAGGAUAAAAACAAGGACAGUGUGGCGGAGACAGUCAAGGAGGCACAAGAACCUCAUCCCAAGAGAGAAGAAGGAUCUCAUACACCAGUUUCUGACAAACCCCUCCACAGCUCCCCUGCUUCCACAAUCAGAAGUACCAGUACGUUGGAUAAUGCCUGGCAGGGCACCCCUUCUCCUGUAAAAACAUCACGAAAUGGGACACUGACUAGAAGAACUGUUCCCCCAGAGUUUUCAAGAUCUCCCUUGGCUUAUCCUGACAAGACUGCUGCAGAGAGAAGGACUAGUUUUCACAGGGGAGACUCUAGAGAAGGAAGUCCCUGGUCGUGGAAGACGGUGGCAUCACGGGAAGUGACGGAAGUGACAGAGGUGACUGAAACUAUUGUGACUGAGAUCGUGGAGGUGACAGAGUAUCCAACAGGAGAUAAGGGAGGGGACCCCAUAAUCACAAGAACUGUUCGAGUCCUGAAUGGAGUUGCCCAGGAACUUGCUGAGCUCCAAGGUGAUGGACACUCAAGCUCAGAUCAAGAGUCCUGUGUGGAUAAAUGGAAGGAAACCAAGUCUACUUUGGCUCUGCGAAACAUAUCUACUGAUACUGGGACGUUCCUUCAAAGCCUGGAAGCCUUGCUGACAUGGGUGUGUGAAAUAGAGGAGCUCACAGCUAAUCAGAAGCCUCCAUCUUCAGAAGUGAAAGUGGUGAAAGCACAGCUUCAAGAACAAAGGUUCCUGCUGCGCCUUCUAACAGACAGACGGAAAAGUAUCCAUACUAUGUUGUUAGAGGGUCCUCGGCUGGUGGAGGCCCACCCAGGAGAGGAGGGGGAUCAGGCAAGGGUCAAGCUCUCUGCUCUCAAACAGAAGUGGGAGUCCAUACAGUGGGAGGCGGAUCAAAGGAGGGACAGUCUGGAAGGCAUUCUACCAAUGGCCCGACUCUUCCAGGAAGGCGUAGACAAUCUGCAGCAGUGGCUGAUAUCUGUUGAGCAGGCCCUAGCUGAACUACGCAAUGCUGAAAGAGUGAUGCUGAAUCUUUCAGAUGCCACAGAGAGGGCUAAGGCAUUUACUGAUGAGAUUCAGGCUAAAAGUGCGGAGCUUGCAAAAGUUCAAAAAACAGGCCAUGAGCUCAUGGAAGUGAUUUCAGAGGAGGAAGAACACCAGGUGCAGGAGAAAUUAGAUGGACUUCGUAUCCGAUGCUCCGUGCUAAAUCUGAGUAGUCUGGAUGUACUACAAAGACUGGAGCAGGCUCUGGAAGCAUCCAAUCGCUGUACAUCCAGCCAGGAGGACCUCCACCUGUGGCUGGGUCGUAUUGAGAGAGAACUCUUGGGUAUUGCAGGAGCACAGACAUAUGGCGGCGAUGCAGUGCUAUGUGCAGCUGAAAGACAGCGGCUCGAACAGGCUGUAGUGAAAGAAGUGGCUUGGUUUAAGGAUGCAGCGCUAAGACUUGAAAAGAUGAAAACUGUUCACCUGGAUCCUGACCUCAUAUCAGAACAACUCAAUGAGCAGAAGAUUUUGGCUGUGGAGAUUCUUCAACACAGGUUCAACAUUGAGAAGAUGGUAAAAAUAGCUGAACUCUUGCAAACAUACAGCGAGGAAAGUGAAGUGUGGAAUCUGCAGACCCCAUUAGAUGCCUUACAGGAACAAUGCGCCACCACAUCAGCGACUAAUUCCCAUGGAGUUUUGCAGCUUGAGCAUGCUCAGUCACUUGUUGUUCAGUUCUCGGAGGGCCUUACUGAGGUUUCACCCUGGCUAGAUGAAACAGAAAGCCUUGUUGGGCAGCUCUCCCUCAGCACAAUCAGCUUUGAAGCAUUACGUGAGCAACAAGACCUUUUACAGGGUCUCAGGGAGUCAAUAGCUGAACAUCGGCCUUUGAUCACACGCUUAUGCUCCUUGGCCAAACGCCUGUUCGAGCUAAACCCAAUUCAGGGAGAGGGAUUUUGCUGCAAAGCCACGGAGGCUGAGGAGCGGCACAGAGCCAUCAGAGAACGUGUCAGAGAGACCGCCAUUGUACUUGAAGACUCCCUACCCAGAUUCACUCAACUGAAUGAGAGGAUGGUUCUUCUCAGAGAAAGUCUUGACCGCCUGCGCAGUCACAUCCAGAGUCCAACACCUCUUCAGUGUCUGACCCAGAGGAUUCAGGAGCAACUGCAUGACAGCAAGCACUUGCUGUCUGAACUAUCCAAAUUGGAGCUCAGCCUCACAAGUGUCAAGACACAGGCACAAGACUUGCUGACUAACACAAGGGCGGCAGGAAUUAUAUCCCUCGACACAGCAAUCCAGGAGCAAGUCUCGACUCUUUCCCAGCUGUUGGAUGAGACGCAUAGUCAGGUUCAAGAAAGGGGAAGCUGGUUGCUCAAACUACUGAAUCUAUCCAUGACGUUUUGGAGUGAUGUUGCUGAGGUCACCGCAGCUCUCAGUAAUGCUCAGCAAGCAGUUUUGGAUCUUAAUGCAAGCCAAACGGACUGUGAAACAAUCCGCCAGUGCUUAGAGACCAUGCAGACACUCAGGGAAGACAUUGACACUUUGCAAGGAGAUUUAGACACCCUUGGUGUUCUCGGAAUGGAUCUGAUGUCAGCAUGUGGGGACACGGACAAACCGGAUGUCACAAAAAGCUUGGAUGAACUUUAUUGCCUGUGGAACAAUUUGAGUAAAUUAUGGAACGAAUGCCAUGAGAAGCUAGAGGAGUCCUUCCAAAUGUCCUUAAAUUACCAAGACACUAUGCAGGGACUUUUUGAGUGGUUGAAAUCUGCAGAACUGAGGUCGACUGAAGAGUUCAUGGUUGGAACUGACCUAGAAUCAGUCAAAGAGCAGCUGCGUGAACUCAAGGAAUUUAAGCGAGAACUGUACCAGAAGAAGAUUGAAAUAGAAAGCCAAAACCAUCGCUUUGUAUUUCGAUCGUCACCAGGCUCAGUCUCACCCCUGUGUGACUUUCGACUGCGUUGGGACAAUCUGGAGUCAGAAACUGUCAACAGACAGCAUCAACUGGAGUGUGCUCUACUGGGUUUGGGACAGUUCCAACACACACUGGAUGAAUUACAGACAUGGCUUGCCCAUACUGCUGAACAAUUGCGGGGCAAAAAAACAAUUAGCAUCGACCUGCAGGCUUGUGAAAUAGAGCUGGCCAAACAUAAGGUGUUGCGUAAUGAUGUCAUGUCUCACGUUCGCACAAUGGAAUCUUUGAACCAGGCAGGCAAGGAGUUGCUAGAAGUUGGGUCCGGGGACUGUGCACAUAGUCUUCAGUCUCGACUGGACCAACUCAGUGAAAGCUGGGAGUUUGUUUGUUGUGAAACUGAACGUUAUCAGCUGGAGUUAGAGAACAGACUCAGUCAGGUGCAAGAUAUUACAAUGGAAAUUCAAGACCUCCUGCAGUGGUUGGACAACACAGACAUCAGGUUGCCAUCUUCCAAAUCCAUGUGGGGAAUGCCAGAAACAACCACUGAGAGGCUGAAUGCUCAUUUGGAAUUAUGCAAUGAGACAGAGUCAAAGCUUCACACCUAUACAGAUGUGAAAAAUGCCAUUCAAAGAAUGCUGGAAAGCAGCAAUGUUGUGCCAGGAUCAAGUACAGAACACAGCCUGUCCAUAAUAGAACAAAAGUGGUCUUCCGUGUACAACAAAGUUCAGGAGCGAAAGGCAAAGCUUAUGAAAGGCUUGAAACUGGCCAAGGAAUUCCACAGUGACGUCCAGGACCUUCUCACCAAGAUGUCCAAGUGUAAAGAGUCUAGUGGACUCCUCACACCUCCCAGCUUUGUUCUGGACACAGUUUAUAACCAACUACAAGAUCACAGAACGCUGGUGGAUGAGGUGAAUGGUUAUGGGGAGAAGAAGACCACGGUAGAGAGUGCUGGCAGUAGACUUGCUGCGCUUAGCAGGAAAGAGGAUUGUGAUGUCAUUCAUAACCUCAUCAUGACUGUCCAGGAUCGCUACAAAAAACUACAGCGGUGUAUUACCGAGAGAGGCAUUGCGCUAGAGGAGGUCAAAAAGAAUGCCAAACAGUUUAAUGAAUCUUGGCGCCUCCUGGUGGACUGGAUGUUUGAGGUAGAAGAAACCUUAGACAACCAUAAAGAGAUUGCACAGUCACAUGAGGAGAUUAAACAACAACUAACUGAGCAGAAGGAGUUCCAGAAAAUGCUUAGAUGCAAGAGGCCAAUGUAUGAAGCGACGCUAAAGAGUGGCCGCAAACUUCAUGAACGAGCUCAAAGUAGCUAUGACCAACAGCACCUGGAAAACCUCCUGGCUGAAUUGAAAGACUCCUGGGACACCAUCAAUGGAAAGUCAAUGGAGAGACAACACAAACUAGAGGAAGCGUUGCUGUUCUCAGGAAGGUUCACUGAUGCUCUUCAAGCUCUGAAUGGCUGGCUUUAUAGAGCUGAGCCCCACUUAGCUGAGGAUGUUCUUGUCAGUGGAGACAAGGACAUGGUCAACAAUUUGAUAGACAAACAUAAGGCAUUUCAAAAGGAGCUGGGGAAGCGGGCAGGGUGCAUCAAGACCCUGAAACGCUCUGUAAAGGACCUGACCAAGAGCAGUACGGCUGAUUCCCACUGGCUGCUGGAGCAAAUGGAUGAACUGGAGGGCCGCUGGGAGGUGGUGUGCAGGCUGUCAGUCGGCAAACAGGACAGACUUGAGGCUGCACUUCAGCAGGCUGAGAAGUUUGAUGGCCUUGUCCACUCGUUCAUGGAGCGUCUCAGUGAGGUGGAGAGGCUUUUUAAAUACGGGGUCAUACCGGAAGAAGAAGAAAGUUUGCUUGCCUUCCACAAACACAAUGAGGAAACAAUGUUUACCUUAAAAACGCAAUCAGCAGAGUUGGAGAAGAUCCAGUGUCUGGGUCAAAAGAUCCUCUCCUCUUGUCAUCCAGACUCAGUCGUAACCCUCAAGUCUUGGAUGGGUGUCACCAAGACCCGCUACGAGGAGGUUCUGACAUGGGCCCAGCAACAAGGCUUAAGGAUCCAGACGACUUUAGCUUUACUGGAGGAAGAGAGAGCGGAAGUCCAGAGGCUGUUGGAAUGGAUCUCCUCAGCACAAGAAGCUCUCAGUAUCAGAGAUGAAGAGCCUGUGCCUGAAAACACAGAGCAGAACCAAGAACUUAUUGAGCAGCACUGUGUAUUCAUGGAGGAGCUCAAUAAGAAGCUACCAGAAGUUGAACAUGCAACAAAGUCCUGCAAACGCAAAAGUGUUUCAAAACAUCAGGUUUCACCCUUCAAACGAACAAUCAUAAAGAGGCGGAGCACUCUAAAGUUGCAGCCUACAGCACCACUCCCCCUGGAGCACCUUGACCCCCAGACCCCACUGCUCAGUCGGCUGGUCAGUCAGUGGCAGAAACUUUGGCUCCUGGCGGUAGCAAGACAAAAACAUCUUGAACAACACCAGCAAAAACUCAAAGAGAUUGAAGAAUUUGCCAACUUUGACUUUAAUAUUUGGCGAAAACGUUACAUUCAGUGGAUAAGCCAUUUGAAGUCUCGCAUCCUAGAUGUAUUCCGCAACAUUGAUCGGGAUCAGGAUGGACGCAUCAGCCAGAAAGAGUUCAUCGACUACGUCCUGGCUUCGAAAUUCCCCACCAACUCGCUGGAGAUGAAUGCAGUUGCAAACAUUUUUGACAUGAACAGUGAUGGUUUCAUUGAUUAUUAUGAGUUUGUGAGUGCGCUGCACCCCAGCAGAGAUCCUUACAGGAAAACUCUGGACGCAGAUCAAAUCAACGAAGAGGUGAGCCGUCAGGUAUCACAAUGUAAUUGUCCCAAGAGGUUUCAAGUAGAGCAGAUCAGUGCCAACAGAUACAGGUUUGGAGAUUCCCAACAGUUGCGGAUGGUGCGUAUGUUGCGGAGUACACUGAUGGUCAGAGUGGGAGGAGGCUGGACUGCUUUGGAUGAGUUCCUGGUGAAGAAUGAUCCCUGCAGAGUAAAAGGUCGGACCAACCUGAAGAUCAAGCAAAAGUACUUAUCUCCUACAGCGAGCACAUCGAAAGGUUUGACUGUCAGCAGGUCCAACUCAAGCCUCAGUCUCUAUAGCAGCGCCUCCGCCCCCACCAGCCCCAUGACACGCAAGGCUUUACUCCGCCGAAGUUUUUCAGGCGACCGUUGCAUACGUCCACGAAGUUCCAUUGCUGCAUUAGGGUCUGAACUCCUGUUUGUCUCUACAGAAGGCCACAACUCUCUAUCACCAUCAGAAGAAGCUGAGAGGCUGCUCCCUACAUGAUUGCCUCUGCCUUCAAGCUCCACGUGUGCACUAAACCCAAACAGCCUUAUGGCCCUGAAUCACAGACAUACUGAUAAGUAGAAAUGUGGUCGAACACAAAAUGCAGACCCUGAAAAAUAACAACAGAAGGUCAAGAUAUAGAAAGAUCUGCAGCUUUGGAGUGUCUGUUGAAACUCUCCAAGUGUGAAGAAUCAAACAUGUUCACGCUCCAGUUGGAAUUUACACAUAAAAUAUAAAUGGACACUGGAAGGUUUUGUAAAUGUUUUGCAUGGAAACUUAAUGCAUGGUUGCCUUAUGAUCAUUUUUCACCCUUAGCAAUGUUUACUGAUUUUUAUAUUAUCAGAAUCAGUAAGUAUGCUGUGUAGUAAUCGUCUGUUUAACCUAAUAGUGUACAAUGCUCAGUUGCGAACAUUUACUGCCAUGGAAAAAAAAGUAUGUUUUGUUUGUCCACUGAGAAUCCAAAAACACAAAUACCAAAACCACUAUUAAUUUGCGAGGAUACAGUAUGUUGGUCCUCAAUUGUACAAUGUAAAUUGUUUUUUGUGGGGGUUUGUUUUUUUGCUGCUGCAAAGAUGAUAUUUUUGGCAGGGCCACAACCUUAUAUCAUUUACGGUUUCUGAGGCCGUGCGUUUAAGUGAUCUUGCAUUGUUUUUAAUGCUUUUAGGAGUGUCAUCAUUGAAAAUUGUGCAUCCAACAAAUGCAAUGACAUUUUGAAAAGUCGACUAUUUUGUCAGGAUUGUUUUUAAGUGGGGUUUCAUGGAACAUUGCUGUGAAUGUGUUGAUCUGAUAUUUGCUUUUUAUUGCAGUAAAUGUUUUUGUUUUUUCUUGAAUUUUCUUCACAUACAAGCACUUUCUUACUACAUUACAGGUUGAUUUAUUAGCAAAAAAUUUAGUAGUUAUGAGAUACAUGUUAAAAUCUGUUUUUGUACAUAGCCAUCAAGUCUGUUUUCCAAAAAAUACAAUUCAGAAUUGACAGUAUAUUUUUUUUGCUUGUCUAACUAGCAACUUGUACCAAAAGUGCAUCUUGUUUCUUGUUUUUCCUUUCUGUAGUGUGGAAUGUCUCUUACGGUCAGCUCACAUGUAAACAACACAAUUGUGCACUGCUUUAUUGCUCGUUUUAGUAUGUGAUAAAUGAAAGAUACCAAGCAACUUUAUAUAAAUUAAAAUUUUCUUUUGGGGUACUGUCUAUCCAUGACAAUUAAACAAGCUGGUCAGUGAGAGCGCAAUACAUUUUUGCUAUCGCAGCAUAAAUGCACCAUUUUAUGUUCUUGUUUUUCAGAUCUGGUAUUGCAGACAGAAGGUGAAAUAUAGUAGGGUUGAGUCUAUGCAGUUGAAUUGAUUCAUUAAAUAUUUUUAAGCAUAGAAUACGCCUUUUGGCCUCAAUUUGUUUGUGUUGGGAUAUGGGAUAUAUUGUGGAGAAAUAACAUUUCAACUCAAUUACUAUGCACCUUUAACUUAAUCUUUACAUGUUCCUGUAUUCAGCACUCUUUACGAUGUCCAAUUUUGGCGACCUCUCAAUUUAGGUCACUAAUCAUUUUCUGUUGAAGUGCACCAAUAAAUGAAUAAUUUGUUACAAAAUUCAAA